GAUGGAGUAGAAGUCGCGACUGAUUCACUGGUGAAGGUUGUGCAGAUGAUUGGCGAUGAUGGUGAACGACUGAGAUCGAGUGAUAUCUGGACCAUCGCCCGGCAUCCAUGGCCCAGGUGGCUGCCACUUCACUCAGUGACAUGUAGACUGGAUCCCAUGACCUAGUGACGCGAGAUCAGCCGCAAAAAUAGGCAACUGGUGCGGAAACGAGACAGGUCCGCGGGACGUCCGCGCCUGCCUGCGGCUAGGAGCUUUCUUCCAAGAGUGUACUAAUGUCAUGGGUUGUUUUGGUAGCGCUGGGGCGAAAGGUGACGCCGAGGAAAACAAAAAGCGGAAAGAAGCAAACAAGAAGAUAAACAAGCAAAUCCAGCAAGACAAACAGGUGUACCGAGCGACGCACAGAUUGUUAUUACUAGGAGCCGGCGAAUCAGGGAAAAGCACCAUUGUGAAGCAAAUGAGAAUUCUACAUGUCGAUGGAUUCAGUGAAGAGGAAAAAAGAGAAAAGAUACAUGCCAUCAGAUGCAACAUCCGCGAUGCCAUCUUGACCAUCACCGGCAAUAUGUCCACCUUGACCCCCCCAAUAGCGCUAGAGAACCCCGCCCACCAGUUCCGCGUCGACUACAUCCAGGACGUGGCCUCGCAGAAGGACUUCGACUACCCGGAGGAAUUCUACGAGCACACUGAGAUGCUGUGGAAGGACAAGGGAGUACAGGCCUGUUAUGAGCGAGCCAACGAGUACCAGCUCAUAGACUGUGCCAAGUAUUUCCUUGACCGGGUCCACAUCGUGCGACAAACAGAUUACACUCCCACAGAGCAAGAUAUUCUACGCUGUCGAGUCCUCACACUAGGAAUAUUUGAGACCAGAUUUCAAGUAGACAAAGUUAAUUUCCAUAUGUUUGAUGUGGGUGGACAGCGAGACGAGAGGAGGAAAUGGAUCCAAUGCUUCAAUGACGUCACAGCCAUUAUUUUUGUCACCGCCUGCUCUUCGUACAACAUGGUCCUACGAGAAGACCCCAGUCAAAACAGGCUACGGGAAUCUUUAGAUCUCUUCAAAAGUAUAUGGAAUAACAGGUGGCUACGCACAAUAAGUGUCAUCCUGUUUCUAAACAAGCAAGACCUGCUGGCAGAAAAAAUCCGGGCAGGUAAGAGUAAGCUGGAAGAUUAUUUCCCCGAUUUUGUUCGGUACCAGACCCCACUAGAUGCCACUGUUGAGCCUGGGGAAGAUCCGGAAGUGGUGCGCGCAAAGUACUUCAUCAGGGACGAAUUUCUAAGGAUAAGCACAGCCAGUGGUGACGGAAAGCACUACUGCUACCCUCACUUUACAUGCGCCGUGGACACUGAAAACAUCCGCCGAGUGUUCAACGACUGCAGGGACAUAAUACAAAGGAUGCAUCUCAGACAAUAUGAACUUUUGUGAUGGCCAGUAGGUGUGGGUACUGUGGGCGGCAACAGUAUCGCUCCAAAGGAGCGACCGAGGCAGGCAGGUUGGGCUGAGUGGGGUGGAGGAUCUGUGAGUACAGAGUAACCUUCCCGCCUAGUCUCCUCAGAGGAGGGUCCUCAGUUCCUCGGGUUCCACCAGGCCACAACAGCCUCAUCUGCGCCUCAUUCGUGGCACAACAUCAACUUUCCCUAACACCGUUCCCCAAACCCCCUUCCCAUAGUCCUCUUUUUAUUUUGAAAUGAAAUUUUAUUAUUUUUAAGAUAUAAUGCUAUUCUGUAAUUGCACGCACAGAUUAAUGGUAUUCCCUCUUCUGGAAGAUAAUUUUAUUAUUUCCAAACUCUUUAACUAAGACUUCUCUUGCCUUUUUACUUAUAUUGUUAAUGAAUUCUGGUGAUACAAAAUGUAAGCUCAAAAUCCUUGCACUUUCUUAACCAGGGAGUACUGACUGCUUCACAGUACUCCAUGGUGACACAUCUCAUGCUGCUAACACUUACUCUUUACUCAUUUUAUUGUUACUUUUAUGAAAAUUUUAAUGAUGUGUUUCUGGUUAUUUAGUAUCUUCUUUCAAAGUAUUAAUGGGAUACCUUGUAUGAGGACAAAGACAAAAUUGUUCCAAAUGUAGACUACUUAGAGUGUGAUGUAUCCUUGUCAAGCAACCAACCCAUCCCCAAUUGGGUGAACUUGUUUCUCUCCACCACCACGCCACACUUGGCCUCCUUGGUCUGGCCCCAUCGACCAAAAACUUAAACAGUGGGCAUCCCUUCCCCAGGUCCACUUGACUCCCCCAUGUGUACCCUACUUCCCGAUCCCCAAGUUAGCAACUGCCCAAAUCUUCAAAGUUAGGAGUAUUGUCAGUUGAUUGUGUGCAAAAUUAAAAGUCUCUUUAAUUUAGAAGUAUUGUUUCACAAAAAUGUUGUCUCAUGCUUUUGGUGUCCAUAUUUUUGUUAAUUUUAUAAAUAUAUAUAAUAUAAUAUAAUAAUAUAAUAUAUAUAUAUAUUAUGUUGGUGGUAUGUGAGCCUAUAUUUAUGUCGGAGGGCACAGAAUGAGCUCAACCCUUCACCCUAUCAGUUUGUUGUAGACAUGGCAAUUUGAUAAGUUUUUAUCUAUUUAUUUUACCUAUCAACACCAGAGAUCUGCUUUCAUGAAUCUUGCUUUGUGGAGGAAAUCUCAAUUAGAUGGAAUUUAUUUUGUACUUUUUUAAUUUAUUAAGUAAUAAGUGCAACUAAGUAGACUGGUGACAAUUAUUUGUGUAGUCGUGAUUGUGUUAAAACCCACCAAAUUGUGCUAUAAUAACUGAGUUAAUGAUCAGUUCUGCAACCAAAUAAGUUUUCCCCAAGCUUUACCAAUUUCACUACUGAGUAGUUUUUUAACUUUUGUUUUAACUGCUGGCACCUCUCACUUCUGACCCUUUCACUUCCCAAGGGAAACUUGUAUUAUUGCCCCUUUUUCUUUAGUUUGUGUCAGAAAGUGACAUAAUUCUUUCUUGAAAAGGCUUGAAAGAGAUGCAAUGCCACAUUAAUUUUGGUCUGUGUUAUGUUGGCUGGCAAGAAGGUGAGAGGUGCUGGCACACUGGAGGGUGUGAAAAACGCCCUCCACAUGUGGGCAAUAGUUUGAGAUCCUACAGUGGUGUGUUACCAUGUAAGCUUUCUCAGGGCUGCUUUGGAAACUGCUGCUGUAGCCAGCCUCACACUAUUAUCCACAAUUUGCACGCUGCAUUAGCCAGCUGUGCAUUGUUAGACAGCAUUAAACUUUGCUGUCUUUGCUAUGCUGAAUGUAGGAGUUUUUGACAGAAUAUGGAAUAAUGUACAUCUCUGAAUGCUGAUAAAUGAUUUUUUUUUAUGUGUAACUUGAGGAUGUAUGAACAACUUUGUGGGAAAAAGAAGUUUACUUGAAAAGUGCCAAUAUUGUACCCUAGGCUGCGAGCAUAGGUGUAGCGGUGAGUUUAACACACCAAUUGUGUGAGUUUGGCGAGGGAGUUGGACGGCACCGGGUGGUGGUGUUGUCGCAGGGUUGGUGCCGUGAGUCACUGUGGUCAGUCUAGUUGAUGGCUGGGGGGAGGGUGCCGCCCCCUGCUCCCUGGAGUCCAUGGCCCCUCCUCUACUACCAGCCAUCCCACAACAUGAUAGCCGUGGUAAUGCUGGUCUGUGGUUGUGAGGCCUUACUGGUUACCCAGAACCACACCAGCACCAUUUACCACGCACCUUAGUUAGGUGGCUACCGCUGUGGUCCCUCUACUUUGCCUGUACAAAUCCCUUGUUUAGUCUGCCCCCAGGGCAUAACACCAGCUUGUGUUUUAUGUUAGAGGCUUGUGUAGUGCCUUAGAACACCAGAUUGGUUUAGCUGCGCUUCAGAUCCAAUAGUCUCCAGGGAGCAUUUCCCUGAUCCCAUUCUUCCCUUACCUUGUUCCUCCUUCCCUUUCUCAACUUACCAUCUUCCUCUCCUUUAAUUUAAAACCUGAAAACCCUAAUCCAACACCCUCUUCCUGAGUGGCAGGUAGUAUAUAGGCCUUCAUGGCCAUAGCUCUUGCUACAACACCUGUAGAGACCAAGCCCAAAACUGGUAGCCAACUCAGAUGGAAGGAAAAUUCUUUAUAUAGGAUUUGUCUUUCGAUCUGAUCCCUUCUAUCGUCACAAUCCUCCCCGUGUAGUUAUAACCUAUAAAAAAAGUGUUACAGAAAAUUAGACUACCUGAUUUUAUGUACUUGAAUGUGUUCGGUUAAUGUAUACCAGCUCAGUGUAUGCUUUGUAUUAUGGCUAAAGUGUAGGCAUACCUUAACAGUGAAGCAACAAGAUCAGCUGCAGGAGUGGUGUGGGUGCGGGGUCAGUCGUCCUGCCCUCACUUACAUGCUGACCAAUGGCCUCAUCCCUAUGACAGGCCAGUUUGGGCGAGUGAUCCCUCGAGGGUUUAAAGCCCAGAUGGAGUUGCAAGGGCCUGGCCACACCCCGGGGGCUGCCCGUGGGCGGCCAACUUGUCUCGUCUCCCAGCGUUGGUGGCCCACUCACCCCCAGCUGCCCCCAAGAGGUCAGCCUGCCCCUGCACCCCCAUUUGUGCCCCUCCUAUCACACCUGCGCCACCAGAACAAGUGGAAGCGGUUACUCGGAUCCUGGGUUAACAUUACUAUCCUAGCACGUCAAAUAUAUAUUUCAGAAGUAUAUUUCAGAUGAAUUUAUUCAAAUGCUGCGUAAUGGUCACUGUAAAUUGUGUAAUUGUGAAUAAAUUUACAAUGUCUUAUUUACAAGAAG